UUACAUCUACGAAGCGAGCCACGGCAACUCGGGCCGAACGCCUGGUGAUGCUAGAAUUCCUUCGGGUGCCAUCCAAGUUCGCACUUAUGACUGGCCAAGCUACGAAAGGCAAGGCCAUGAAGGGAGGCCAGAAGUUGACCAAAGCGAAUGGCUGCCGCAUGCUUGCAGAGUUCGUCAACCGCGCGGCGGGCAUCAGCGACCGUACCUGGACGACACAAGACGCCAAAUCGAGGUAUGAAGCGUGUGUGGCCUCGUACAGACGCGCACUGAAGUGGAGUUCAUAGAGCAACAGUGGCCGUGGGUUGACUGACACGGACUAACAGGUGAUUCAUGUAAUUUCCGCCCAGUUGGCAGCCAAUCACAAUCAUCGAACGAAGAUGAUUGGAUAAAAUCAGGUACUCAGGUAAAUAAUACCCUUA